UUCUUAUUUGUAAAAAAUGCAAAUAUCAUCAAACGGGCACGCGCCAGCGCACACGCCGGCUUAUCUGUACACGUGCACGCGUCGGGAGCGCGCAGAGCUCAUCAUGUCCUCCAGGUGGAUUUCCCUGUAGUCUCUCCUCAAUCUGACGGUCUGAAUCUUCACCUUCGUCACCAUCAUCAUCAUCAUCAUCUCUCCGGUGUGUGUGUAUGAUGCGUGUGCUGCUCUUCUGCACGGCGGUGUGUGUUUUCUCCGCUGGAGUGCGAUGCCUCCCUCUGCCGGAUGAGAAGCCCACCACUGACUGUGCAGAUGCCUCUGGCACUGCAGCCGACUGCGACAGACAGAAGACGGAUGAGGAUGUUGUUGAUGCUCGAGAGAGACAUGAGGGUCUGCUGAGAGAAUUACAGGAGCUGGCGGAGCAUGAGCGAGAGCGAGAGCAAGAGUUCACCCGCGAGACAGACGAGUAUGAGCUCAGCGACACCGACGACACCUGGGAGAACGAGGAGGAGGACGACAACGAGAGAGGAGCAGAAGAAGAAGAGGAAGAUAAUGGAGGAGAUGAAGAUGAUGGAGGGGAUGAUGCGGAAGACGAGGAGCUCCUGCAGUCUGAGAUGGAGCAGCGGCAGGACGAGGAGCUGGAGGAGCUGCUGGAGGAGCUGAAGAAGAAGCAGCAGGAGAAGAAGAGGCGCAGCCGGCUGCAGGAGGAGCAGAAGCUGGAGCAGGAGCUGAUGCUGGAGAAGCAGAGGGUGGAGCAGGAGUUGCAGGAGUUGCAGGAGGAGCAGAAGAAGAACAGCAGCGGCGGCGAUGGCUGGAGCAGACUGAAGCAGACGCAGGAGAAGCAGGAGGAGCUGCAGGAGCUGCUGAGGAAGAUGGAGAGCGCACAGCUGGAGGAGCAGAAGAAGAAGAGCAGCGUGCAGGAGGAGGAGAAGAAGAAGAGGGAGAUGGAGAACGCUAGCGAUGAAGCCACCAGACAGUUCCAGACGGAGAGAGAACAACAGCAGAGGGAGGAGGACGAGGACGAGGAGCUGCUGGAGAUUGAAGCUGAGCUGAGGAAAGUGGCGGCGCAGCUGCAUCAACUACGCAGGGGUUAAACACACACAUUUACACAGCAGACACACACACACACACACACACAUGCAUCUAUAUAAGCUAAUUCUAGUCCAUGUGUAAAGUUGUGUGUUUAUAAUCUCACAGCAAACACACUCAUAAACACAUGAGAGGAGAACACACACCACUGCUCAUCGCAAUAUACCAGUGUAAUAGCUUCACAAGCCACGCCCCCCUUAACCACCAUCUCAUGAAUAUUCAUGUUUCCUCAUUAGAAUAUGUAAAGAUCCUGUUGUGAUGCAAUCCUCCAGUGAUGGUGCAGUGAAGUGUGUGUGUGUGUGUGUGUGUGUAAUAAUAGGGCAAACGUGCACAUAUGAAGUAAUAAUAAUAAUAACAAUAAUGUGUUUAGUGCUGUUGACUGUUACUGUGUUCACAGAACGCUGCUGUGUGUGUGUGUGUGUGUGUAUGUGUGUUUAUGUAUGUGUGUGUGUGUGUGAGAGAGAGUCAUUCUGCUGUGUUUUAUACACUGAUGGCUGAGCACUGUUACACUGAGACUGUUCUGGGGUCAGAGCGCAGACGCUUUACUGCUCUAACACACACACACACACACACACACACACACACAUCAGGAGCACAGCAGAGAAAAUCUGUGUGUGUGAGUGUGUAAUUGAUUGAGUGAGUGAAUGAGUGUUUGUAAUUUAAUAUAUAUGUAGAAUUGAGGGUGUUUGCAAGUGUGCGUGUGUGUGUGUGUGUGUGUGUGUAUGUGUGAGAGAGAUAGUUAGUGUAUUGGUGUAUAAGAGUAUUUGUGAGCAUGCCUGUGUGUGUGUGUGUGUGUGUGUGUGUGUGUGUGUGUGUGUGUGUGUGUGUGUGUGUGUGUGUGUGUGUGUGUGUGUGUGUGUGUGUGUGUGUUGAACAGAAAGCGUCAGUGUUCUCUUCCUUUAUGUUGCACUUUCCUGAAAGCAGCCAAUGAGAGGAGAUCUGAUCACAGACUCCGCCCACAAGCACACACACUGUUUAAUUUGAACUGAUCUGAGAAGAGAGAAACCAGCAAUAAGAGGUGUGUGUGUGUGUGUGUGUGUGUGUGUGUGUGUGUGUGUGUGUGUGUGUGUGUGUGUGUGUGUGUGUGUGUGUUUGUGUGUGUGUGUGUGUGUGUGUGUGUGUGUGUGAUCAGCACAUGCAUGAUUUUGAAUGUAUCUGAUGUUGAGCAGAUCAUAUAAACACUGCAGUCAAACUAGAGUUCUGUCUUUAAUUAUUAUUAUUAUAUAAUUUAAUAAAGAGCUGUUGACUGAAUAA